AUGUGGGAACUGGGAAGCACUAAAAAAGUUUUGAGGUGUUUGUUUGCUUUAGUACAGCGGGAAUGUGGACAGUGCAAACGGUCAGGUGGACUGCUGGUUGUCGUGAGAGCUCUGCGUGAAUCUCCUGCGACUUUAACCGUAUCUGCUGCUGGUCCUUGGUGUAAGAAACUUUCCAAACCUGCUUUGAACGAGGCUUUGGAGAGGCUUUCUUUGCAGGUCACACCUUGUGGGUCUGUUCAAGAAGAGCUUCAGACAUUUAUUGACAACUUUGGAUGUUUGUUUUUCAGCUUUUCUUGCUAUGUUGGAAACACUAGUCAGUCAAUAGAGGCUGAACAGACAAAGAUCCAGAGGUUUCUGCACAGACUCAGUCUGGUUAAUGCACAGGUGAAAAUCAUCUUUGAGAUUAAGGCAGAUUCAGUGACACACAAGCAAAUAUUCAGUGGGGAGAAGAGUAAAGUUUCAGUGAUGGAUUACAACAUUUCUAUGGACACUGCUGCAUACAGACAGAGUCUGCUCUCCAAAUGGAGUCUGCGGUCCUGUCCAGAAAUGCAUCAGGAAUUGGGAGACCCGCUGAGCUUUGUGCUCCCCACGGACACAAUAGAGGCUGGACUGUAUGGAGAAAUGAGUGUAGUUACCAUGGCAAUGCUUGCACCCUGUAUGGAUCAGUAUGCCAACUGGCCCACUCACCUCUCAUGCAUACGGAUAUUAGUGUAUAGUCCAUGUGGCCUGCCUCUAAUGCAACAAACACAGAUGAGUUUCCUUCAGAGUUUGGCUACUUCACUGUCCUGGGCGGAUCUCGGCUUUUCCAAAGUCUGCUGUAAAGAAUCACAAAACAUUCAAGGAUCUCUGUGUUCAGAUGUAGAAUUCUCAGUUGAAAUCAAACGCAGUCAGGAAACACAAUGUUGGGAUGCUGUACAACAGAACAAUGAGCCAGAAUGCAGUCAUGCUGUAGAACAGACUCUGACUGUCUUCAUUUUUGCUCAGUACACAGACCCCUUUCGCUCCCAGAUCACAGACUUCAUGAGCAGUGAGGAGGUUUUUGAGAGACACUUGGAUGCAGUUCUUUGGUACAACGAAGAUCAACUGAGGGCAACUCUUCAGUCUACCAUGAAAAAAACACUGAAGAAAUUUCAGAAAAGACAUGCAGGCAGGCAAAGGUUGAAUUGUACCAUACCCAUUGUCUUGAGCUCAGUGAACAGUAUAAUUGCCGGCAGCAGCAAUGGAGAGUUUCGAACAGCCUGCGUUGAUAGCAUGAGGGUCAAGAGCACCUGUGAAUUGCAAACGUCGCUGCGACAGUCUUUUCAAAGCAUUGUGGAUGGGAGAUUUACUCCAAGGGCCAAGUGUAGAAAAGAAAAGAGGGUGGCACAGGCUGUUCGCUCUCAAAAGAGGAGUCCUGACAUCUUGGAAGAGGCAUUUGAAAAUCCACGAUCACUGUCUUCUAAGAGGAUUCACUGUGAUCUUGAAUCCUCAAGUUUCAUCUCUGAGAAGAGGCAAUGCACAGAGCCGUUCUCUGAGGAUUCAGACACAAAUGAGGCAACAAACAUCCAGAAAAGUCCCUUGUCUCCUGUCCAUCUUCCUCAAAUCCAACAAACCAGAACAACUGCAGACAAAUCCUCAGCCCCGAGUCUCACUAAACUGAUCAAUGAACAGGUGGAGGAGCAGUGGCUUCAAGAGCUGGAAAACUUUUCUGAAUGGGAUUGAAGAAAAGGCUUUUUUUUUCUGAUGUUUUGUUCAUGUCCUCAAGACCAUGAAAGAUAUUUACAUUUUUUUUGGACCGAUACACUAAUAGUAAACUAAUAAA